AUGGAGCAGAGUUCAGCCUCAGGGAUACCAAAGAAUCCUGACAAGUUUAUUAAUGUUGUUUUGAAUCAUGGUGAGCAUUCUGUGAUUUUUCGUGUUAAUACUAAAAUAACCGUAGAAGAAUUGAAGAAUUUAGCAUGCAAGCAGUGGAGGUCUUUGUCCCCUGGGAGUAUAUGUUUCAGCUAUAUGGACAAUGCUCAAGUAGUUUUUGUGACAGGUGAUAUACAACUACAAAGCUUAACUGGUUUCAUGAUUCUUAUUGAUAAUGAAGAUGUGUAUUUGCGUGUGGGUAUGAUUCUGAAUCAUACUUCUCGUUCAAAGUCUGGUUGUAGCAGAAGUUCUGGUUCUAAGUCUGGUUGUGGUUCUUGUUCUAAGUCUGCUUGUGAAACUGAAAGUCCUAAGAUGGUAAGGGUGUUAGAUCAUGAUGCAGACAAGGGGAAGCCUCUUAUUAUCGCUGAAUGGAAUUAUGUAUUUGACGAGAUUGAUAGAGAAUUCAUGGGUGGUGUUAAAGCUGUUAGGAUUGCUCUCGAUAAGUACAAGAUGGCUACUGGUCACAAGAUUGUUAUUCUUAAAAAUGACACAACUCGUUUUACUGCAAAAUGCGAAGAAGAUGGUUGUGCUUGGAGGAUUCACUUUGGGCCUGUGAAUGGUGAUACUUCUCGGUUCGUGCUGAAAGAUUCUAACGCUCACAGCUUAAAACCCAGACAGAUCAUUUCACUAUUCAAGAAAACUUAUGGGUCCAAUAUUAAGUAUCACCAUGCCCGUAGAGGGAAAGAAGCUGUAUUUGAAGAACAGUAUGGCGAUGAUGAGAAGUCGUAUAGUGAUUUUACUUGGUAUGUCAAAGAAAUUGAAGAAACUAAUCCCGAUAGCUAUGUGAGGUUUGAAGUUGAGGAUGGAACCAAUAGAUUUCAGAGGAUAUUCGUUUGUUAUGGUGCUUGCAAGCAUAGCUAUAGGUAUCUCAGGCCUAUGAUUUACUUGGACGCUACUUUCCUUACUGGUAGAUACAGGGGUACUCUGAUGGCUGCAACAUGUAUCGACGGAAACAAUGAGUUUUACCCAUUUUAUUUUGCUAUUGUUUCUUCUGAAAACAAAGAUAAUUGGUUUUGGUUUCUGGAGAAUCUUCAAAAACUUGUCGAUGGUCGUCCGAUUGUUUUCCUUAGUGAUCGUGGAGAAGGACUUUUACAGGGCAUUCCAAAAUAUUUUCCUAAUUCACAUCACACCUAUUGCUUUUACCACAUCAAAUGCAAUCUCCCCAUUGGAUCAUGUGAUGCGAAUUCGAAGCCAGUUCUUGAUUUGUUUUACAAAGAUGCAUAUGGUGCUCACUCUUCAACUCUUGCUGAGUCCUUCAACAACUGGGUUCUUCCUUUCAAAAAGUUGCCUGCUUUUGUUCUUCUCGAUGUGAUACGUUUGAAGGUUAUGGAGAAGAUGUCUGAGAGAAGGAUACUAGGUCUAGAAACUUUCAACACUAGGCUCACUCCUGAAUAUGAGGCUUUACUAAAGGAAAACAUUGACAUUGGUCGUACUUGGACUGUUGUUCAGUAUAUGGAGAGAUUGUAUGAAGUCAGGUCUCCUCGGAAUCAUUCUGUAGAUCUAUUGCAGAAAACUUGUACAUGUCACAAGUGGCGAGUUAAUGGUUUUCCUUGUGCCCAUGCUUGUGCUGCCAUUCAAGCUACGAGAGAAGACAUCUAUUCAUUUGUUGAGCCAUACUUCACCACUGAAUGGUACAACAGGACAUACCAGCACAUCAUCUUGCCAAUCCCCAAUUAUGACAAGCUGAAGUCUUAUGAUCCUAGUGAUAGGGUUAUUGUUCCUAUUUCUGUUCCUCCACCGGGUAGACGAAGAACACAUCGCAUCAAGAAUGCAUAUGAGAAGCAAAAGAGGGCUAUGAUGUGCACAAAGUGCUUCACUCUUGGUCACCACAACAGAACUACCUGCCCCAUGAUUUGA